GCGGAGCUUGGGAGGCGCCGGCUGUUGUUGGGGUCAUUCGCUCCAUCCUCGCCAAGGCGUUGUGGGAGUGAUUUCUUCAGCGUUCAAAGGGCUUCAGUCACACUGAUCCAGUAUUCCUUACAACAACCUUUCAAGGCGUUGAUUCUACACACACACACCCCAACACACACACCCCUGAGGUGCAAUGACCCGGGACGUGGGUCUAGACGAUGAGCUUCCGGACUGGGCUGGCGCCAAGGAGUUCUACCAGAAAUACGACCCCAAGGAUGUGAUUGGCAGGGGCGUGAGCAGUGUGGUCAGGCGGUGCAUCCACAAGCAGACGGGCCAGGAGUACGCGGUCAAGAUUAUUGAGGUCACCCCAGAGCGCAUGACCCUGCAACAGCUGGAGGAAGUGCGCUCGUCGACGGGCAAAGAGAUUGCGAUCCUGCGCCAGGUCUCUGGCCACCCCUUCAUCAUCACUCUUAUAGAUUCCUACGAGACGUCCACCUUCAUGUUCCUGGUAUUUGACUUGAUGAGACGCGGAGAGCUUUUUGACUACCUUACAGAGAAGGUCACGCUCAGCGAGAAGGAGACUAGGUGCAUCAUGCGAGCCCUGCUGGAGGCGGUGAGCUACCUGCACGCCAACCGCAUCAUCCACCGAGACCUCAAGCCCGAGAACAUCCUCAUGAACGACAACCUCAACAUCAAACUCUCCGAUUUCGGCUUCUCCUGCCACUUGGAGCCGGGGCAGAAACUGCGAGAGCUGUGCGGAACCCCAGGCUACCUGGCCCCGGAGAUCCUGAAAUGCUCCAUGGACGAGACUCACCCUGGUUACGGCAAAGAGGUGGACCUCUGGGCCUGCGGCGUCAUCUUCUUCACUCUCUUGGCCGGCUCCCCCCCUUUCUGGCACCGCAAGCAGAUGCUGAUGCUUCGGAUGAUCAUGGAAGGCCGCUACCAGUUUGGCUCCCCCGAGUGGGACGACCGAUCUGACACAGUCAAGGAUCUGAUCUCGCGGCUGCUGCAGGUGGAUCCAGCGGAACGGUUGACGGCUGAGCAGGCCCUGCAGCACUCCUUCUUCCAGCGCUACGGGAAGGAGUGCCGGCACUUCAGCCCCUACCACAAAUUCAGGGUGAUCGCCUGGACGGUGCGGGCCUCCAUCCGCAUCUUCUCCAACUACCGGCGGGUGCGGCCGGUCACCAAGGAGCUGCUGCUGUGCGACCCCUACGCGCUCAAGGGGGUGCGCAAGCUGAUCGACGCCUGCGCCUUCCGCAUCUACGGGCACUGGGUCAAGAAGGGGGAGCAGCAGAACCGGGCCGCCCUCUUCGAAAACGUCCCGAAGGCCAUCCAGAUAGUCCUGCUCAGCGCAGAAGGGGAGGAGGGGCCCUCCGCGGAAGACGCUGCCAACUAGAGCGGCGCUGGGGUUCCCCGGGUCCCGGUUGCCGUAACGACGGGUGGCAGGAGCCGCGCUGAGAACUGAACUCUUCUCGGGAGAAUGGCAAGCCGUAGAGCCUCCCCGGGGGAGGGACGCUUGCCCUUGCAUGGCAAAGGGUCCAGUUUUCCGGGGAAUAGGGACAUUGGGAUCCUGAGUCCGUGGCUGAUGGGAGCAAGGGUCCUGUGAUAUUCCUGGGGAAAGCAAGGGACCCUCGAUCUGCAUGGGGCCCGUGCACAGAGCUCAAAUAUGGCUUGAUACAGAAGGAUUAGGGGAAAUUGCGGGGAGGGGGGGCUCUUUUAUAUUUCCGUGCUGCAGGAAUCGGGGCCUUUUGUACAUUCCUUCCCACAGUGAGGAGGCCCCCUGCCUCUCCUUGCUCCGCUGUCCUCGCUGCUGAGGGAACAGUCACCAUGUAUGGGUCAGUAUUUGGGGGUGAGAUUGGAUCUGGCUAUUCCGCACCGCCUGCUCCCCAUUCAUGGGCGUUGGGUUUGGCCCUCCUCUGUAGAAUCGUGUAUCUUUGGGUGUGUUGUGUGUGGUUGUGCGGUCUUGCCCACCUCCGUGAUGUCAGAAUAAAAGCGGAACGAGGACCAAAACUGACCUCUCUGGCUUGGGCGUCUUUCACCUCCCAAGGUAGGACUGUAUCAUUUCUGUUGUGGGAGGACACUGCCAGAAGGGACAAGAGGAGGGAGGGAUAAAUGUCUGUCACCAUCUCCAUCCCAAACUCCCAGGAGGGCACAAAUACUGCAGAAAGGAAGCCACUCGCCAGCUAUGGCGGCUUCUGGACCAGGAUAGCUGGGCCACAGUGGUAUAGGGAACCUCAAGGCUGGGUUACUGCAAU